AUGGAGUCUAGUAGUAUACUCGAUUCUCUUGGAGUUGAGAUAAUCGGCGUAAUGGCUCCAGUCUCCAUCUGCAUGUUCCUCGUCGUUCUUCUCACCUACUCUCUCUCUGUAACCUCUGACACUCAGAUCCGUACUGCCGCUAAUCUCAUCUAUAUCGAGAAUCCCUCUGAUUCCGCCACCGUCAAGCUCGAAGGUAGCCUCGAAAACGCCAUCGUCUUCGUCGUCCUCGUUGCAGCCGUCACUUUCAUCCUUGUACUCCUCUUCUACUACAACUUCACCAAUUUCCUCAAGCAUUACAUGCGUUUCUCCGCUUUCUUCGUCUUGGGUACAAUGGGAGGCGCAAUUUUCUUGUCGAUUAUCCAGCAUUUCUCAGUCCCUGUUGAUUCCAUCACCUGUUUCAUAUUGCUUUUCAAUUUCACGAUUCUGGGUACUUUAUCUGUGUUUUCUGGUGGUAUGCCGAUUUUGCUGAGACAGUGUUAUAUGGUUGUUAUGGGGAUAGUUGUUGCAGCUUGGUUCACUAAAUUGCCUGAAUGGACUACAUGGUUUAUCUUGGUGGCUCUAGCUUUGUAUGAUUUGGUUGCUGUUUUGGCUCCUGGUGGUCCACUUAAGCUCUUGGUCGAGCUUGCUUCGACCCGCGAUGAAGAACUUCCUGCCAUGGUUUAUGAAGCUAGACCGACUGUCUCAAGCUACCAAGGGAGAAACCGUGGCUCGAGUUUAAGGGCUUUAGUUGGUGGUGGUGGUGGGGUUUCAGAUUCUGGUUCAGUAGAGCUGCAAGCAGUUCGGAAUCAUGAUGCAAAUCAACACGGAAGGGAAAACCCUCAUAACUUGGAUUAUAAUGCUGUUGCAGUGAGGGAUAUAGACAAUGUAGAUGGUAAUGCUAACGGAAACAGAGAUAGUGUUGAUAGGUCACCUCUGGUUGGAAAUCCCAGGGAAGGACACUUUGCAUCUUCCAUAUCCUCUGAGCAUUCAACCGCAGUUGGAAUAAGAGAAAGCAGAGAAACUGUUGCAGAUGAAGAAAUGUCUCCUCUGGUUGAGUUGAUGGGCUGGGGAGAUAUCGAGGAAGAACCAAGAGGUUUUGAGGAAUCGGAUAACGUCGAGAAUUUAAAGAGAGGCAUCAAACUAGGUCUUGGAGACUUUAUAUUCUACAGUGUUCUUGUUGGUAGGGCAGCAAUGUAUGAUCUGAUGACAGUAUAUGCCUGUUACCUUGCGAUCAUCUCGGGACUUGGGUGCACUCUUAUUUUGUUGUCCGUGUACAACCGAGCUCUGCCAGCUCUUCCCAUAUCCAUCAUGUUGGGUGUUGUCUUCUACUUCUUGACGCGGUUACUGAUGGAGCCGUUUGUUGUCGGGAUGACAACAAACUUGAUGAUGUUCUGA